CUGUUUUUAGGUUAUGAAUUAGGUUCAUCUAGUGAAGCUGCAAAACAGAAUAGAGUUUCAAUGUGUAGAAAGGUGAUUGCCUCAGUCUGUGUUUAUAUCUAUCGAAAAAUUAUGACUGAAAUUAUAAGUGAACGUGUUCGAAAAUCACAAGUG